UCAUGUCAAUCGGACAACUGCGAUAUGAUACAGUAUAACUACUCUUGAGUUCUCUGAUACUCCAAAACGGUGGUCACGUGAGCUUGAACCGUAUGUUUUCUUAGGUAGCCUGCUAAAAUGCCCGAACUAAUAGUACUUCUUUUUCCAAGAUGGCGUCGAUGAGGGAUAGCGACACCGGCCUGUGGCUUCACAACAAACUAGGCUCAACAGAUGAACUCUGGGCACCUCCCAGCAUUGCUUCGUUGCUCACAGUGUCGGUUAUUGACAACAUACGAUUAUGUUUUUCGAGUUUGUCGCCGCCAGUGAAGCUGAAACUGCUGCUUGGGAUGCUGCAUCUGCCGCGGCGGACUGUUGAUGAGAUGAAGGAGGCUUUGACGGAGAUCAUUCAGCUUGCCACGGUGGAUUCCGAGCCCUGGGUCCUGAUGGUGGCCGACAUACUCAAGACCUUCCCAGAGACAGGGUCACUCAACCUGGACCUGGAGGAGCAGAACCCCAAUGUGCAGGACAUACUGGGAGAGCUCCGUGAAAAGGUGAAUGAGUGCGAUGCGUCGUCCAUGCUGCCGCUGGAGUGCCAGUACCUGAACAAGAGUGCUCUGACCACACUGGUGGGACCCCUCAACCCCCCUAUCAAGCAUUUCCAACUCAAGAGGAAACCCAAGAGCGCCACCCUCAGGGCAGAGCUGCUACAGAAAUCCACAGAGACGGCGCAGCAGCUGAAGAAGACUGCAGGAGUACCCUUCCACGCCAAAGGCAGAGGCCUCGUCAAGAAAAUAGACACCACCACUCCCUUAAAGGGGAUACCUAAGGCCCCAUUCCGUAGCCCAACUGCCCCCAGCAUGUUCAGUCCCCCCAGCACACGCACACCUAUCGCCCCUGCACGCACCCCCUUGCGCAAGGAAAGGGGCGUCAAGUUAUUAGAUAUUUCAGAACUGGACAUGGUUGGAGCAGGCAGAGAAGCCAAGAGGAGAAGAAAGACACUGGACACAGAGACCGGAGAGAAGGCUGCCAAAGAGGAAGCCGUGGUUGAGAAUGCCACGCCUGACUACGCUGCUGGCCUGGUGUCCACACAGAAACUGGGGGCUCUGAACGAGAGCGCCCUGCCCUCCACCAGCUACCUACCAGCCACGCCCAGCAUGGUCCCCUCGUCCUCCUACAUUCCCAGCUCCGAGUCACAGCCUGCAGGUGCAGGUGGUGUCGCACGCGAGGCCGGUCGACAGCCUGAGGAAACGGCGCCCCCUGGGGGCGGUGCCCAGCUGGCUGGACAGUUCAAGCAGCGGCCGCCCAUGUACAACGCCAGCACGGCCAGCCCCUCAACCCCCACCUCGCCCAGCCAGCCAAUCAGCACGCCAGUCAACAACGCCCCUCCCGCCGCCGCCACGCCCACCCAGCCGGAGGCUCCGACGCCCACACAGCCAGCCGCGGCCCAGCCCUCGCCAACCCCUGCACCCAUCGCCGCCCCCCAGCAGCCUCAGCCCAAAAAGAACCUCUCUCACAAGAGAGAACAGAUGUAUGCCGCACAGGAGAUGUUCAAGACGGCCAACAAGGUCACAAGACCAGAGAAAGCUCUCAUCCUCGGCUUUAUGGCUGGAUCCCGAGAGAAUCCGUGCCCGGAGCAGGGUGACAUCAUCCAGAUCAAACUGAGCGAACACACGGAGGUCCUGCCCAAGGCGGACGGCACAGGCAGCACCACCAUGCUGGUGGACACAGUGUUCGAGAUGAACUACUCCACCGGCCAGUGGACCCGCCUCAAGAAGUACAAGCCCAUCACCAACGUCUCCUGAGUUGAGCGGAACCCACAAACUUGAACAGACAUGUUUAUGUUACACGCAGAUACACACACACACACACACACACACACACACACCAAAACGAUGAAUAACUGUACAGAUUAUCACACACACACACACACACACACACACACACACACUUACAGCUACAAUUACACUCUCAGAUAUGUGCAUACAUACAGAGACAGACAUACACACACACCACACACACACAUUCACACUCAUGGGCCAAAAGCUUAAAGGGGGGUGUGGGCUCCAGUGGAUGGGAGGGUUCCACCCUGCUGCGCUCCUGCGCUGCCAAAAGACAAAAACACUGGAAAGGAACUUUCCAGAACCUUCUACUUAGACCUCUUCAUCCUGUUCGUUUUGUUUUUUUCUUCUGUUCAGUUUUUUAAUCGACAUUUAACCCCUCUUCCUUCUGGAUUGCUGAAUGUUUGUGAGGGGGUGUGGUACAAGAUGUGAUGUGAAAUCGCUGUGUUCGACAGCUCCGGUUCUUUUGGAGAAAACAACCUAGCCUAAAAAUCUCUAAAGAAGACAACAUGGAAAAAAAAGACUGAAUGUAACAUGUUCCCAAUGCUAAAUGAGAGACAAAAACGUCAGUUUCAGUAUCAAUGCCUGAUUUACUUUUUCCCUGGAGAUUUUGGCAGAAUGAUUGAUUAUCAACCUCAGCAAGAAGGGAAGAAAUAAAAGCAAAAUUUCUCCAGG